AUGUAAUGUUCUUUAAUCUUUGAGAAGAAGAUCAAGAUAGGCACCAGCAAUCAAAUCUUCCUGGUUAAUUUUGAAAAUUUCAACAAGCUCAUUGGCAAUUUUGGUUCCUUCCUCAACUUGCUGCUCUGGAUGGAGACAAACUUCCAGUUCAAAGAAAUUCCCCAAAUCCUCAACUUUGUCCAGAUGAAUACGCGUUUGAUUGUACCAGAAGAGCAUUCGGGUCUUCUUCACCACUCCCUUUGUGCCAAUACUCUCAUCCAGGAUUGUUUUUAGCAACUCAGGUUCAGUGACUUCGAGAAUCUUGAAGCAGGAUAACUUUGCACCCUCUGUAUCUGGCCGGGAAUACUGCACCAGCUGCGAUGGGGUAUUCUGAAAUACAACAGGAUAUUACUCUUGAAGAUUCAUAAACUUUUAGCAAAAAUCACCUCCAGGAAUCGCAGCUUUAGACGUCCUUUUGUGGCAUUGAAGAAGACAUCGUGUUGCUUGAUGAUUUCUCCUUCGGAUGAGCAGAUCUUCUUCGCGAUUUCCACGCAUCGAUUGAAAUUCUCAUCACUCCCGAGUCUAGCCUUCACUUCGACAUUCCGUGAAUCCGGCUGGGACAUUGUUUCCUUUGAAAAAAAGCCGCGAGAACUUCCUGGCACGGUGUGAAAGCGUAAAAAGCGCGCGAAGAGUCAUGUGGGUGACGUCUCACUGACAUCUUGUUGAUUUCCGCGUCGUGUGGCCAAAAAGACGGGAAAAGGCAGGGAAAAAUGCCCUCAAUAGAAUCCCAGUGAGAAGAAACUUUCGUGCACAGCAAGAUGAAUCAGUGAAUGUGUGGAGUGUGUUGCCAAUGAAUGUAACUGUCCAGGAGAGUCAGCUAGAGACAAUUUAUGUGAAUGCUUUGCUGUACGUGGAGACUUGGCUAUCUGACGCCCUGGAGCACCUUCUGAUUACCACCCUCGUGUACGUCAUCGUCUGUCUGUGUCUCUAUCGAUGGAUCUUUAGGCCUCUCGUGCCUGUGCUGCGUUCUGCGCACUUCCCAGCACGUCACAGACGUAUCCUCUUCGUUUUGGCGCAUCCGGACGAUGAAUGCAUGUUCUUUGGACCAACGAUUCUCUCCCUCUGCCAGAGAGACAACUGCCAGGUGUUCCUCCUAUGUCUCUCCAUUGGAGAUCAUGAGCAACAGGGGCUUGUCCGGCGCGAAGAGCUUUUCCGUUCAUGUCAAGUUCUUAAGAUCCCGCCUGAAAAUGUAACAAUUAUGAACCUCACAGAACUUCCCGAUGAUCCAAAUGUGGAGUGGAAAGUGCCAACAAUUGCCAGGUUGAUUGAACAAACAAUCGAAGCGCUGGACAUUGAGGCACUCAUAACCUUCGAUCGGGAUGGGGUGAGCCAGCAUCCCAAUCACAUCGCCAUCUUCUAUGCUGCCUCGUCGCUCUGCCUCACCGGAAUCAUGCCAAAUAGUUGCAAAUUCUACGCUCUGGAGUCCACAAAUCUCCUGCGGAAAUACAUGCUAGUCCUGGAUCUGCCAAUUACGCUUCUCCUCUCGCGCCACUGGUUUGUCCUACCCUGGCAUGAACGAAAGAUUGUGGUUCGAGCUAUGUUGGAGCACAAAUCCCAGCUUGUGUGGUUCCGGAAGCUCUACAUCCUCCUCUCCAGGUACAUGCUGAUGAAUUCUUUGCGUGAACUCAAUGUGUCGGACUUGGAGUUGGAGAUGCAGCUCGAUGACUCAUAGGAUUGUGUACACAUAAAAUGUAUUUUUGUGUAAUAUUUUUGCAUAAUUCCUUCUGUAAAUUGUCCUUUUCCAUUUUGUUUUUUCAAUUUAAAUAAAUACAAUGUUUAUUUUCCCGCCA